AUGGCUGACAGUGACCAUGUCUCGAUCGUCGAUGCGACGGACGAGAGUGAAGAUGAUGAAAUGAACGAUUUGGACAUGAAUGACUUGGAGGCAUCGGAUGUGAUUGACGAACCGACGACUCGUCGACGCGGUCGCUCGGACCAUUCGGCAAGUCGAAGUCGCAGUCCUCCCAAACACUCGAGCAGCGGCAGUUCGCGGUUUCGACGCACAUCGACGGCGCCCCGUACAGCCCAAGCCAAUUUAUGGGAAUCGCGACAAGAAAAACAAGUCGAUCAGAGUGUCAAUUUAAUGGAAACGGCGACAUUUGAUGCAACACCGCAACGAGGGAUUCGUCCCGGCAUGUCGUCGGUCCGACAAAAGUCCAUGGUGGAUAUUUUCCUGAGUUCCGACGAACCACAAAGUCGCGGUUCGAAUCAUAGCUCGGAUCUUUAUGCCACGGAUUAUCAUGGCAACAAUGGUCGCGUUCGAAAAUGGAGAUUUUUCCUCUUCUUUGUCGCGGCUAUUAUUGUCAUUGUCGUGCUGGUAGUGGCCGUGCCGCAAUUUGGAUUGAUCCAUUCCAUGACUAGCAGUGACGAAAGUGACAAUAACAGUGAAAACCAAAAGACCACCAAUCCACCGACAAAGUCACCCACGGCAGCUCCCGACGAAGAAGAAAUUGAAGAAGAAGUGUCACUCCCAGCUGGUAUCACUCCACCGAAAGAAGAUCGCCCAUUGCCCGAACCAGAUGUAAAUCCCGUCACGGAAGAAGAAUUGGCAGAGGAAGAAUUGGACUUGAACAAUGUUCCACAAACCAGUCGGCUCAAAGCGUUUGAAUUUUACGUGGUCGAUCAGGAUGUCACCGACCCGGCGCAACUCGAAAUCAUGGGAUCACCGGCCAAAAAGGCACUCCAUUGGAUUACCCAAAAAGAUCCCGCGCAAUUGGAAAUUCCAGGAUUGGACGGCGAUAUCGAAGUCUCCAAUGCCCAGGCCGAAUAUGCUCUCUUGCAACGAUAUGCGCUCGCGGUGUUUUAUUAUUCGCAACAAGCGGCUUCGAGUUCUACUAGUGACAAUUCGGGGGGAAGGCAAUUGCAAAAAGACCCGGAAAAAUCCGAAGCAUUAGCCAAUCGAGAAGCAUUCGACACGACGUGGUUAUCGGCCAACCCCAUUUGCAUGUGGCGGGGGAUCACGUGUGCCGAAGAUUUCGAAUCGGUACAAGAAAUUGACCUAUCGCAACACUUGUUACAAGGCAGUAUUCCCCGCGAAUUAUUGGUGGGUGCCGCCAUGCCCUUUUUGACCCAUAUCCAUUUAACCGAUAAUCAACUGGCGGGACCCUUGCCACAAGUGACGGCCCAACGGGACAAUGCCGGAUCGUCCUUGGGGGUAGCUCCGCACAAGUCUCAAUUGCGGGUCAUGAAACUGGAUCGGAAUCAAUUGACAGGGAGUUUGGAACAUGUCCUGUCGGAUUCCUAUCCACAAUUGAAACAAUUGCAUCUCUCCAACAAUCAAUUGACCGGAUCCAUGCCACAACAGAUUCGAUAUUUGAAAUUGUUGGACGUAUUGGACGUGAGCAACAACAAACUAUCCAGCUCGCUGCCUGCGAGGAGUCUUGGAAGAUUGACGUCAUUGAGGGUACUCGAGUUGGGAAGUAACGGGUUUACGGGCGAGUUGCCAGCAGCCUUCGGGACGUUAACAAACUUGGAGGUGUUGUCGUUGACAGCAAAUCAGUUCAAAGGAUCCAUUCCAUCGAGUUAUGGAGAUCUGACAAACCUGGAAAAGCUAGACCUUGAUGGUAAUGCAAUCGCGAAGAGCGUUCCAACGCAGCUGGGACAACUCGAGAGGUUAUGGAGAAUGCAGGUAGAUGGAAACAGUCUCACUGGUGAAAUGCCAGAAGAAGUUUGUGCUCUGCGGACUGCUGGGGCAUUGCGCUUCCUGGAGGCAGACUGCACUAGUGGGGAUAUCACGUGUGAAUGUUGUACCGAGUGUUACUAA